AUGUUUGGGAUCAAGAGUGGCAACUCGACGAUCGAAUCCUGUCAUAUAGAUGUCCGGCCAUUCGAGGGACUUAAGCCGCUGGGCAAGAGUAUCGCGCAUCAGAACUGCAAGAACGGAGGCUGGUCAGCCUCCUGGGGUCACAACGAGACAACGGGCCAUGCGGUCAUGACCGUAUUCAACAAAUAUAAGCAAUGGCGGACAUACUAUGGGUUCACCAAAGUCAACACCAAUGUCUUGGUGAUAACGGUCUGA